CAGACUCCUUCAGUCAGCAGCUGGUGGUCCCCCCUCAGCACCAGGACCAGGAGGACCCAGAGCCAUCACGCGUCAGAGAGGAACCGGAGCGAGAGCCGCUUCUAGACCUGGACGAGGCAGACAUCAUCCAGUUCACCUACAGCACCAAGCCUGGACCCAGACUGGGUCAGGAUGUGGACCGGCUGUCUGCUCUCGGAGAAGAACCGGAUCCAGAGCCGGAGAUCCAGCUGGUGUCGUCUGAGACAGAGGACAGCAACGACUACAGCAAAGAGUCCGACACCAGAACCGCUUCGAGCCGGUCUAAAGCAAAGCGGGGCCGCAGACCAGGAGGACCACUGAGCUGCAGAGUCUGCAACCAGACCUUCAGGGCCCGCCGGGCUCUGUUCAGGCACAUCAGGGCCCACCUGCAGGAGGCGGUCUGCGGGGUGUGUGGGGACCACUUCGAGGCUGCUGAGAGUCUCAAGAUCCACAUCCAGACUCACCGGACCCCUCAGAGGAAGAGGGGGGAGCCGGAGGUCCAGAUUGGGACCCGGAGCGCAGAGAGGCGGUCUCACCGACCCAACACAAAGACAAGCCCGGAACUACACACCUGUGGCGAGUGCGGGAAGAGGUUCCUGCAGGUCUGGAGGAAGAGGAGGCACCGGUGCCAUCCCCCAAGACCGGACCAGGAGGGUCCGCAGGGGACUGCACACAGGACCAGAACUUAAAGGAGUCCGGUUUCUGUACUUCAGUUUAUUUUCUUUAAAAAUCUUAUUUUUAUUGAAACCUCAGAAUGAAGUCAGAACAUUAACAGAAAAUAAGAAACAUAAUAAUUGUUAGUAGUAUUAUUAAUAAAUAAUAAUAAUAGGUUUCAGUUUUGAGAAUAAAGGUUGAAUAUUCUGAGAACUAAAAUGUUUUGAAAGAAAAAUAUUAUUUAUUCUUUUUAUUGUCAGAUUUGUUUUUGUUUUUAAUAUUUGGAGAAAAACAAUAUUUCAAUAGAAAGUUUUCACAUUUUUGAGAAUAAAGUUGAUGCAUCAAAUCUGAAUUAAAAGUAUUUUUGAUAAAAACUAAUUUUCUUCAAAUUUAAACUUUAUUCUCAAAAUAUUUUUAUUUUGUUUUCAGAUUUCUGACAAUAAAGUUGUAAUAUUUGUAGAAAAACACAUUUUAUAUUUCGAGAUAUUUUAUUUUUGAGAUUUUUGUAACUUAAAGAAAUUUUAAGUACUUUGAUACUUUCAGUGUAUCAACAGGUACAAAACUGUUUCUCCUCUUCACCUGUUGCUGUCUGUUUCCAUGGUAACGUCUUCAUUGGUUCGGUUUCUCUCAGUGGCAAUGUUGUAAUAUUGUGUUUAUUGAUUAUUGAUUCUGAUAAUCAGCUGUCGCAUUCCAAUAAAGACAUUUUCUGUCA